AUGCCGGCAAAACCUUCCGCCAUUCGCCGACCAAAAAACUUCAAGCCUGGACCAACUGCAACCAACACGAAAAAGCCAAACCAUUCACUCUUACCACCACGCAGUUUUCGCCUUCAAUUAUCCGGCAAUAUGUUCGCCGUACCGGGAUGGACUGUUUCUGCGCCUAUCAAGGCGCAAGUUGAAACCCCAAAGCCAAAAGAUCCGAAUAAGUUGGGCAAGAAGGCGCUGAAGAGGAAAGAGAAGCAGGAGGUCAAGGUUAAUACAGAAAACAUUGGAGAGUUUUGGGAUAAAGCAGUGGAGGCCGUGGGUCUAAAGCCGACAGAAGCACCCAAGGGGGGCAAGAAUGCGCAAGAUGAGGCCAAAUCAGAGACGAAUGGCGCGCCUGUGAUAGAAGUUGAGGCGACAGGUGCUGGAGCAACAGAGAAGCGUGGAAAGAAGCGCAAGAGGGGCAAGGCUGGAGGAAGAAAGAAUAGAGAAGAUGGUGGUGAAGUUGCCGAGAAGGCAGAGACUGCUGAAUCUGUCACCAAGACACUAAAACACACGACCAAAGACACACAAGCAUCCUCAGCCGACAAGCCAGUAACAACAGACGGCGAAUCCAAGCGCGACAAGAAGAAACGCAAGAAGGAACACUCGGAUGACUCCAAGUCCCCAGUUGUCGAACCCACCCUCCCCGCCGCUGUCGACCUCCUUCCCGAACCCAAAGGCCUCACACCCCUACAGAAAUCCAUGCGCAGCAAACUCGCCAGCGCCCGCUUCCGCCACCUGAACGAGUCCCUCUACACCAAGCCGUCGGCCGAAUCCCUCGACCUCUUCAAACAAGACCCCUCCAUGUUCGAAGACUACCACCGCGGCUUCCAACAACAAGUCGAAGUCUGGCCCUCCAACCCCGUCGACAGCUACGUGUCCAGCAUCCUUGCGCGCGGCAAAAUCAGCCUCCGCGACCCCUGGAAAGCUGCCAAACGGCUCGCGAAAAAAGGCAAAGCUGCGCCCCCAGAAGAAGAAGCCCCAACGUCUGCUGUUGUCCGCGCAACAGGCGAUGCAAAACCCCUCCCCCGCAACCUCAAAGGCCAUUGCACAAUCGCCGAUCUAGGCUGCGGCACCGCCUCGCUCUCCUACCGCCUGCAACCCCAUCUCAAAGCCCUCAACCUCACCUUCCACUCAUUCGACCUGGCCAAGCCCACAGGCCCUUCAGCCCACCUUGUCACCGUCGCCGACAUCAGCGCGCUGCCCCUCGCCGACAACAGCAUGGACAUUGCCAUCUUCUGCCUCGCCCUCAUGGGCACAAACUGGCUCGACUUCAUCGACGAAGCCUACCGCAUCCUCCGCUGGAAAGGCGAACUCUGGAUCAGCGAGAUCAAAUCCCGCUUCGGCCGCGCCGACCCCAAGACGACGUCGAAAAUCCCAAUCAACAGCAUCGGCAGCCUGCACAAGAAAGACGCCAAGCCGAAGAAGAAGAAGAACGCGGCAAACACGCCUUCCCAGCCCGAACCCGAAGGCCCCCAAACCCCGGCCGACGAAUCCCUCCUCGCCACCGCAAUCGAUGGCGCGCCCCCGACCCCACAGGACGCUACGCAUAUUGCCCCUUUUCUCGCCGUCCUGCGCGCCCGCGGCUUCGUCCUCGAUGCCCCUGCCGAACGCCCGCUCGAGGCGGUGGACUCGUCGAACAAGAUGUUUGUGCAGAUGCGCUUUGUCAAGGCGGCGCAUCCGAGUGGCGGCCGCAAUGCGAGGGCGGAUCAGAGGGUUGGGUCUGGGAAGAUGGGGAGGGGGGAAAAGGGUGGGGAUGUUGGGGAGGAGGGCGAGGUGGAGGGUAAGGCGGGCGAGGUGUUGAAGCCGUGUCUGUACAAGAUUCGGUAA